UUGGUCUUCGUCGGUGUCAGUCCUCAGCAAGUUCAAGACAAGCAUGUCGAGCAGCAAGUUUGCCGACCUGGAAGACGUGGACUUUGGCGCGCCAGACGUGUACGAGACGUCGCCGGCCUCUCCGAGGCGGCGUGGUGGGCGGAGAGGCGACUACAGCGAGUCGAGCGACGAGGAUGACGAAGACGAAGAUGACGACAGCGGAGGCGAUGGGGCAGGCAGAGGAAAGCGGGGAGCGCGGGACCGAGGCAAAAAGAGCCCCCAGGGAGAGGCCAAUCCGGACAUUGAGCGGGUGCCCAUCGAUGCCGACAAGGCCAUGGAGAGGUUCCGGGAUGCCACAGGCCUCGAUGGGCGGGGUGUAGACUUCUCGCCGGCCAUUCACCGCAGGCGGAAAAAGGAGCAAUACUAUCCUCCUCCCUCGACGGCCAUCGAGGCAACGAGGUACGAGCUAGGGUUUGGCAAUGGCUACCGUGCCACGUUGGGCGACGAGGUCGGCGAAGAAGGCUUCCAUGAGGUGGCCAAAAAACCAAAGGAAUCUCCGCUGGACCGGCUCCGGCGGCUGCGCAUGGAGAUGGACGAGGUCGAGACGGAGCUACAGUCGGCUCCCUCGUCGUCAGGGUCAAAGAAGGGGGGAAGCGAAGGGGAUGAUGGGCAAGAAGCAGCCGCAGUUGCACCUGCGACGCUGCUCGGGCAGCUUAAGUCUCUGAGGGGCCAGCUGGGCCAGCUUGACGAGCGGGCCUCGCAGGCUGCCGACGUGGGUCUUGAUGCCGCGGCGUCGCAAAAGUGGGAGAGAGAGGCCCGAAAGCUGCUCGAGUCGCUGAGCAGCAUCAGCAUCGACAGUCGCAAAGGUACAAGCAGCAACACACAGGCUGCUGACGAGGGUGGUCAGCUGGCCAAGGCAGGUCAGAUGGAUGGCGAGGGCGUCAAGAUGGCCAGCUUGGACCGUCGAUUGGCUGGGCUCGAGGAUCUGGUGGGGAUACGCGAUGCAGCACAGGACGAGGCAAAGUCUCUCGCUCGACCGCUUAUGCCGUCGCUGGCCCGCAUCGAGCACCUGCUCACGCUCCUCACCCAUCCCCGCCACCUCGACGGCAUCAGUCGCCGUGUCAAGGUCCUCGUCUCGGAGCUCGAGAGGGUGCACGAGGCCCGCCGAAAGCUAGAUGCCUCCUCGAGCCGGCUCGCCGUGGGUGCUGGGCCAUCCAACGGCCUCGAUGGUGCCACUUCGCCCCUCCUGGGUGCCGGCGGCUCCCCACCGACGGCCGGCGGUCUCUCGCCGGAGACACUGACGAAGCUCGAGGCGGGCCUCGCGCUGCUCUCGCGCCUCGAGACGCUGAUGCCUCUGGCUCCCACGCUCCUCUCGCGCCUCCACUCUCUCUCGUCGCUCCAUGCCUCGGCCGCCGGCUUCUCCGAUGACGUCUCUGAGCUCUUUGUGGCGGCAAAGACGAGCGAGACGACGCACGACGAGCUCAAGGUCGUCCUGUCCAACGUCGAGGGCAGCCUGCGCGAGAACCAGCAGAGGGUCAAGGCCAACCUGGAGUCGGUCGAGGCCAGGAUCGAGGGCUUGGCAAAGCGCAUCGAGAAGCUUUCUUGAGAGGGGGGAUGUACUAGAGAUGCUUCCGCAUAUACCACUAUCUACAGUUACAAAGGCCCA